AUGACAUCACGCUUGCGUCCUGACCAUCUUCAAACACCACAUCUUGGAGCAUCAGGACGUGGACCUGAACGUCACAUAUCCCAUUUCACUCGAGAGGACAAACCCGAUGUGCGCCCUUACUCUCCACCCAUUACUAGACAUGCGUAUCAGCCAGCUGCUCCGCCGUACGGCCACAGAUACCGUGACGAGCCUUCGCGUGAUCGCAACACUGUUCGACACCGCCUCAUGGAUGCGGACGAGCGGGAAACCCGCCCGCCAACAAUAAAGCAGAACCGAGCAUACUACUCUGUCGCACCCCUCUUUGACAAGUACCCACGACGCUCGAGCAUGAACGAAGAUGAUACAUCUAUUGAUCGCUACCAUAACCGACCAUAUCAGCGUAAACCCGACCCUGAACCCGAAAACCCCAUGGUGACAGAUCUCGUAGCAAAGUACCAGAAUAUCCGCACAACAUUGCAUUCGAACGCCCUGAAGCAGCUCGAAGAGGCUCAGGAGAAAAUGGCCAGCCUGAACAAGCAGAACAUCAAGACCCGCCUGGAAGAUGUUGCCGCCCGCGCCGCAAAGAGCAGCGAGCUUCACUCGUCUCUUCUCACAGCCACGGAAGACGCCCAGGCAGAGAUCGAGGAGCUGGGACGCGCCAUCCUCUCUGACGGAAACAGACGCCUCCUCGAUGGGGACUUCGCCAAUCUGACGAGGGGAAUGUCGCCUUCCCACGAAAAUGCGCUGAUAGAGUUUGGUGCCGACAUCGAAGGAGAGAGCAAGCUCGUCGUCGACGAGAUGAUAGAGUACGAGAAGAAUUUUCUUGAGGAAAUCGACGAUGAGGUCUCGAACAUUGUGAAGUCUCUUCUUCAGCAGUGA